AAGGCUGGAGCAUCAUUCGCAACAGAACCUACCGUCCGGUGCUAUUGAAGCGGAUUUGUGCGGAGUGUACUGAGCGUAUCGGUUGAACGGUCGGAAACGAUAUCGGUGCAGUGAAGAUGAAACAGUUCGUUGUGUUCGCUAGUGUGUGCUGUGUCCUGCUGGCAGGACGUGUCGUGUUGUCUGCUCCGGCACCGCAGCAGGGCGGUGGUGCUGGCGGUGCCUCACCGAACGACGUCCAAACUGUGCGAUAUUACAGCGAAAACAAUGGGCUAGAUGGUUACAAGUUCAAUUACGAGCUGAGCGAUGGACAGAUCCGUUCGGAAGUCGGCACUUACCGGGACGUGAAGGAUGCGGAAGGCAAGGACGUGAAGGCGCUGUUCGUGCAGGGCUCGUACUCGUUCGUUGGCCCCGAUGGUCAGACGUACUGGGUGAACUACACCGCCGACGAGAACGGUUACCAUCCGAAGGUUGGCACCGGACCAACGGGCGGCAUUCAACCGGGCCAGGAGGCGCCAGUAACGAGCGCUUAACGAGCUUAGCCGGAGAUAGUGAGGAGCUACAGGCUCAGCGAUCAGGCUGAACUGCUGCCAGAACUAAUGCUGGCACCAUGCAACAUCUACCAUGCAACAUCUACCUGCGUACACAGAACGAAAAACACACACCCCGCGUGCGCAUCGGGGGCGCAUUGCACAGUCAGUGGCAUUCUAUUUCUAGGCUUAAGGAUAGUCGAUGUAAAUAUGAUGCUUUGUGUGUUCCUUAGGUCAAUGUUAAGGAUGCUCAAAUAAACGAAAUGUAGGAAAAUGA